AUGGCAGGCAAAGGAAUUGCCAGAAACUUUUUGAUAUCUGAGGACCAUUUCAGUCGUAUAUUUACGACAUGGGUAAAUUAUCUUGCUACUGCUCUUGAAAGGUUGACUGUUCUUCCGAGCGUUGAAGAUUUGCAGCCCCACUUGCCAAAAUCAUUCCAUGGGUUUGAGAAUACCAGGUUACUGCUUGAUACCACAGAGGUUCGUAUACAGAAACCGUGCUCAUUGAAUGCCCAGAGGCAGACUUUUUCAGCAUACAAGCAUUACAACACAUACAAGGUAAUUGUUGGUUGUACACCGGACGGCUAUAUUGCUUUUGUGUCCAAGCUUUGGGGUGGCUCGGUUUCAGACAAUAUAGUCAUUGAAACAAGUGGCAUUUUAGAUAAACUCCAGCCUGGAGAUGCCAUUAUGGUUGAUAAAGGUUUUACUUUCCAUGCACUGCCGCCUGGUAUUACAUUGUACAGUCCACCAUAUCGUCAGUUCCAUGAGCCACAGAUGAGCCGUGAGCAUGUUGCAGAAACUAGACGUGUAGCUCGUGCAAGAGUGCACGUCGAGCGAGCAAUUCAUAGGGUGAAGUCUUUUCACAUUCUUGACCGACCCUUUCCAAUAGCAAUGAUAGAUAUUGCUGAGCAAGUUUUCCAUGUUUGUUGCUUCCUCAGCAAUUUUCGGCUGCCACUGAUUGGCGAUCGUUAGCCAAA